AAUCGUCGGCCCAUUUAACUUAACCUUCUUCUUCUUCUUCUUCUUCUUCGUUCUCUCACUUUCCCUAUCUUUUGUGUGCUUUAGCCAUCUUUGCCUCCCAGAACUGGGCGGUCUCUCUCUAUCUCUGUUCCGAUUCUUCGCCUGAAAUUUUACCAUCGGGAUCUCAAACAAUGACUGUUCUGAAGCGGUAUGUGUUAAGGCUAUUCAUAUCGCUAAAGUACAUCACAGCUAAUGUUGUGGACAGAAACAAUGGACGGAUAGUUGCAACAGCAUCAACAGUUGAACAUUCCAUCAAGAACUCAUUAGAGUGUGGCCGGUCCUGCAAUGCCAAGGCAGCAGCCGUUGUGGGAGAUGUGUUGGCCAUGCGGCUCAAGGUUGAGGGUCUUGAACAAGGACAGGGAAGAGGCAUACACGUCGAUGUAAACAAGGAAGUAGAGAAGAAAGGCUUUAAGAACAGGACCAAAGUCUGGGCUGUUGUGAAUGCGCUCAAGAACAAUGGAGUCAAGGUCAUUCUUGAUGAUAAUGAUGAUAGUCCAUCUUGGUCAAAUCACUGAUAUAUUUUCUUGUAAGUUUAAUUCUAAUCCCACUGAUUAUAUGCAUUUUUCAGAGUUAAAUCACAACUACCCGACCCAAAAGAUGUUGAUGCUAGGCAUGUCAAUAUGAUCAGCCUUGUCUUAACAUGAUGUUCUUUGAUAAGAUGCAUGAAUGUUGAAUCCAUGCAUACAUUCAUGGCCAUUCAACAAAUUCUUGGGGGCAGAUGAUGUGCCUCAUUUAUUAUCCUAGUAAAUUUUUCAGGAUCUU